CGACAAUAGUUGAAGGACUAUGUGCAAUCGUACUGAUCAACUUUUUUUGCAACUUUGAUCAACUUGGGAUGUUCGGUAGGUUCUCACGGAUCUGUAUCACUAGCUCCCUAGGUAAAAAAAAGGCGCGAAAUCAUUAAAUGUGAUAUUGUGGAACGCUGCACAGAACAGAUGCGCGUACGGUUUGAAGUUGUUCCAGUCCCCUCAGAUGACCCGCUCGUUCCAUUAUCCUCAGAUGACCCCGUCGGUACCAUGGAUUCGAACAGAAUAGAACCAUAUAUGGAUAUGUUUUGGGAAACUCUACCUUGGAUGAUAGGGGUGGCUCAAAACACUUGUUUUCUUAAGUUAUCAUUUGGUUAGAGUUCAUCUCUCACUCCUCUUUUCUUUAAAUUUAAAUCCCUACUUACUAUAUAUUUGGACGAAUUCAAUCAAGACUAUUUCUCUUUGCUUCCAUGUUGUAUCGCCUUUAUGAUGAACAUCAUGUCAAUACCCCCAGAAAGCUUGUUGAAUGGACAAGCGCCAAAAUAAACGAACAUUCAGUUGUUGUUUCAAACUGUGAAACAUGGAGAACCCCCGAUUGAUUUGCCUAUAUCUGUAGAUAUUACGUACUUUUGUUGAUGUGACUGUAAGAUAUCAAUAGAUCCCGCGAACAUGACCACACCGGGCCCUACACCGGACCCUACGGCCGCCACUUUAGCCGCUCUGGAAUCACGAGUGGCCGUCUUGGAGACUGUUAUCCCAACUAGCUUGGACACACUGCUCCUGAUUCUGUCAGGAUGUCUGAUCAUGACCAUGCAGGCCGGCUUUGCUAUGCUGGAAAUCGGAUCAAUUAAGGUCCGCAACGUCAACCACAUCCUACUCAACAACGUUAUGGAUGUUUGUAUUGGUUCUGCAGCAUACUUCUUCUGGGGUUACGCGGUGUCCUUCGGCCCCACCAGCAGCCAGUUCAUUGGAGGUGACCACUACGCCCUGAGACAUUUCGAGUCAGAUGACGCCCUAACGUGGGUCUUCUUCCAGUACUCGUUCGCUGCUACGGCAACCGCCAUCGUGUCGGGGGCCAUGGUCGGACGGACCCACCUUCUCGCUUACAUGUGCUACUCCUUCAUCAUUACCGGCUUGAUCUACCCUACCGUGGUGCACUGGGCCUGGUCAGGAGAAGGCUGGCUCAACUGCGAGACAGGAUACGCCUAUCAGGAUUUUGCCGGGAGCGGAGUGGUACAUCUGUGCGGAGGUAGUGCGGCCCUGAUGGGAGCCAUCGUGCUGGGGCGGAGGAAGAUCGUGAAGGAAGACGAAGAGUCCAUUCCGCCUUCUGCGCCCGCUCUGGUCACUCUUGGGUUUUUCAUCCUGCUAGUUGGGUUCUUCGCCUUCAACGGCAGCUCCCAAGGCGCCAUGUCGUCUGAUGGUGACGCCGGAGCCGUGGCCCGUGCCGUCAUGAACACCGGACUGUCCUGCAGCGCCGGCGGCAUCGUCUCCAUCCUGGUGGUGCGCUACGUCAUUAAGGAGGAGGAUAGCUACGCUACACUGUGCCUCACCGUGAAUGGAUGCCUGGGAGGCACGGUAUCAAUCUGUGCAUCUGCCAACGUGUCCACCACAUACGGCGCCCUUCUGAUCGGCGCAACAGGCGCAGUGGCCUGCCUGGCGUGGUCGGAUGGUCUGAAGAGGUGGACGCCAGUGCAGGACCCCGUGGACGCUACGGCUGUUCACGCCGCCUCUGGACUGUGGGGAUUGAUCUGCGUUUGUUUCAUGGACAAGGACAAUGGCAUCUUCUACACCAGUGACCAGCCCGCAGCCUGGUACCAUCUGGGAGAGAACAUGCUCGGUGCGCUCGCCAUCGUAGCCUACACCGUGGCCACCACCGGGGUCCUUUUUAAAGGACUAGACCUGAUAGGAAUCCUCCGUUCUGAGGAGGAGAUUGACGAGCAUCGCCAGGCCGAGGUGGAGGUCAAGGAGGAGAUGAAGAGGCGGGCCAGCAUGAUGCCGACGUCCCGCCGCCUGAGCUUCAUGCCGUCACUGGGGUCCCGUUCCUCACACAUCACCCCGUCUAUCAAUGUGGUGCCGGAAGAGUCGUUGAGUCCGAAGCAAGAGAUCCCUGUUCCUGCGCCCCAGUCAGGUGGUCACGCUCCAAGUGACCAAGCACCAAGUAGUGACCAAGCACCGAGGCCUCAAACACGGCCGUCACAGGUCCCUACUUUGCCUAGGUUGCCGCCUAUCAGCGACCGCGAGCAGGUGUGACAUCUGUAUUUCUCACAUCUGUAUUUAGGGAAGAGCUUUAGAAUUCCGAAGUUAUAUCAUAUCUUUGAGGCUACAAACGUUACCGAUCCUGUAAAUACAAAACAAGAUGUACAAGUGGGAAAAGCGCACUGAUAGUUAUAUGUAUUCAUAUCACCAUUAAACAUAAUCUUCAUCCCCCCCCCCCACACACACACACAAGCUUCACCGAUAAACGUUGAGAUUUUCAUCUUUUGAAUUAUACCUGUAUAUGUCCAGACUUUCUGCUGCUUAAGUUACGAAAUGUUUAUUUUUGUAUUCUUACGGGUUGAGCUAGAUUAUUAAUUCCCUAUGUUUCUUUUUUUGGAUGUAUCUUUUGCCAUUAUACCUACGUUAUAUAUGCCAACAACCUUGCCUCAGUCAAAUAAAGCCUGUUGCACACUUCCCAUUGAA